CUUACGUUGUUUAUUUUUUCAGUUUUAUUUUCUUAUCAUAUUGACAAAUUUAUACCACUGCUACUGUUGUAAAAUAAAGAGUCAAGCAAAUGUAUUUUGUAAAGCUUUAGCAUAGAUCUGAAAAGGGAUAAUUUAUGUGGAUUCACUUUUUAGAUAAACAAAAAACUAAAGCAAAAUGUUAGCAAUAAUUAUGCAAGCAUAAUCAAAUGUAAUGUGAAGUGGGCAGGAUUCUGGUAUGUUGUCUUUAUUUUCAGCCUGUAUCAGGGCACACAGAAUAAUUUGUGGUGAAUCUUAAGCUCCUCAGUCUUCUUUUUCCUGUCAUAUGUAUAAUAGUAUUUCAAUAUCUGAACAUUACAAGAGAUAUUAAUAUAUUUUACUAGAUGGCUUUUAUUAAACUGAUCUGUAUACUCCUGUAAAUUCUAAAUGCACUAAUUGCUCAUUCUUCCUUAAGUAUUUGUUGAGGUUUCAUAGUUUAUGGAAGUAGCAUGGAAUAUUUCUCAAACUUGCACAAAGAAUGUCAGUCCACUCAAAACCAUAAACUACACAAGGAUAUUUCAGACUUCAAAUAUCUAGCAAAAUUUCAACAUACUACUUUAAUCUACCUAUGCAUGCAUCAAAUGCUAAUAACUGAUCCAAAAGCUUAGAUUAAACUCUAGAAAGACGGGUAGAUUAUUCUUUACCAAAUCUUCAAGAAAGAAAAUAUUUAGAGGUACCUACAAAAUCCUAGAGUUAUUAAUCAGAACUAAAAUUCACUACAGCUUCAGUGUAAAUACUGAAAAAAAAAAUUUGCAGAAAGAUCUUUAGAGUUUUUUGUAAAUUAACCUAUAUUCUCUACACUUACUUUUCAUCAUGUUACUGACUUGCUUCCUUAAUCACAGCAGGCAUCCAAAAUAUGUGCUUGUGGAUUCAUCCAUCUAGGGAACAGAAACAUCAUUGUGUGAUUUAUUCAAUCAACCAAAAAUGCCCAAUCUCUUAAAAUAGGACAUGAAAUAUUUACAGGAAGUUAUUUGCAAUGAAGACAUACAAUAUUUUAAGGUUUUGUUUUAUAAUAAAACUGAGGAAAUUAUAAGCUUCUUAUAGCUACUCCAUGAACAGAAGUGUAGGCUAACUUUUUGGAUAAAUUAUUCAUGGUGAGUCACUCAUUCAGCUCUACUGUGAAUCUCAUUUUUUUGUAUGGCUUCAGUUUCCUGAGAUUUAGUGCUUCUCCUUUUUUCCUCUGUGCAUCGCUAAUUUAUGCACCAGAAGGAUGCAUUAAUCCGAAGAGGCAGCCAUCCAAAAAAAGAGAUGGUCCAUGUGUUCCUAAGAGAAAAAUGUUUGAAAAAUAGAGGAUGUGCAAGUUUCUGCAACAUCAGGGAAGCUGUGAUUUAUGAAUUAUUGAUUGCUAUAGUUUUUCCCAAGCAACUUUAUUUUAGCCUGUGAAGCACGUGCUGUCUUAGGAACUACUGUGCAGCAGAUCACUCUGUCAGAGAUGUGGACUACCUCCAUAAGGAAAAAUACAUAGGUUUAAAAUAGUGAGCUAAACAGCACAGAAAAGCAUUAUCCAACCUUUAACUUGGUAUUUAUAAUUUCUGCUGUACCAAAUUCCAUGUUGGAUAUCUUCACAGUCAAGUGACUGGCAUCCAGGUCAGGUGAUCAACUUCUAUGGAUCUACUUGUCCAUGAAGAAGUGGAGGGAGAGAGGCAGGGAAUGCUCUUUGGAAAUGCAACCAUUGGACUGCAUUCCUGUUAAUCAUACCCAUAUUAUUGUGGGAAAACUAUUGAACAUUCCUCAAGAAUUAAAGACUGAAAUAGUCUGUUGUGUUCCCUGGAUACAGAUAUUGGAACCACUGUCUUUUCUGACCAAGGUUCUAAAUGCUGUGUUGGCUGAGAAAUUUAAAUCCAUGCUUAAUUAAUUUCCCCUUUUCCCCUGGCUUAUCCUAUCUGACAAAGCACUUUUGCACUCCUUAUUGAGUUUCUGUUACGAAGUGCCUUGGGAUACUUCUACAUGAAAGACACUACAUAAGCUUACAUGCUCAUUUUGUAUUAUUAUUAAUUUCAUAACAUUGAUUGGUUCUAGAGCAUUUGUUAGCCUUUUCUUAUUCUGUAACUCGUGUUUCACAAAAGUAGAGAAUAAAAUAAAUGAAAAGCAAAACAAAGAGUUUCAAUUACCAAUUAGAUUCAAUAAAGCAUGAAAAUUUCUCUGUUCUAAAUUUCAGGCAUUGAAAUAUUUCUUAAUAGAAUUCAAUGCCGAAAAAAUCUCUUGAUUUUAAGAAAGCCAAGAUUUCACUAAGAAAACUGGCUAAUGUUGUUGUUAUCAUCCAUCUUCUCCUGAAAAAUAGGACCAUCUUUCUGCAUAAAAAUGUAUAUUUUUAGAAAGAUAUUAUCUUAAGAGACAAGGUGGGGUUUAGAAUUUUUUUUUCUCUUAGUAAAAUAACUAAAAAUCCUCUUGCUUUGCACUGACUUUUCAGACAACAGACUUUUCUUCCAGGUAUACACAAUGUACGUAAUGAUUUAUGUGUCAAACUUACAUUUACUUUAUAUAACUAUAGGCCUUAAGGAAUCCCAACUUUCAGUGAAAUAUAAAUAAUUUUCUUUAUACAUGAACACUAUUAACAUUUCUGUGUUAUUAGUUCAAAUUUAUUAGGGUUAUUUUAACAGUAUCUACUGUAUGUGCUGUAGCGUUGAAGCAUAGUAUGCUAAACUUAGUGUUUCAAAACAGAACUGUUCCUUGAAGUCUUGAUCAUUUAUAUGUCAACAACAUGAUUUAAUUUUUUAUUUAGGAAUGUACUGCUGUGGUGUUUCCACUGGUAGCUAAGCUACCUUAAGAAAAGUUGAAUCUUUUCAUCACAAGCUAAACAUGGCAAACAAUGUGUGGUAGAAGUGAGUGCUGAAGCUGGGAGAUCUCUGUUCCAUACAUUCAAGUUUGAACCUGACACAUUUUGGGCAUGGAAGCUCUGUUGUAUCUAUCUUCUGUAAGAAGCAGAAUGAAGAGGUCUUCUCUUAGACAAUUUUGUCAUGGACCACUGAAAGGACCAGGACCUUCAGCUGUGUUCAAGAUUAGAAUGGAAACCAAAGUAAAGUGAGGAAUAUUGGAGUGAUGUAUUCUCAUUACUGUGUUUUAUUUAACAGAUGGGAUACAGUACAAUGAACCAUCUGUAGGUUAUGGAGUGGCAUCUGGGUCAGACCAAGGAAGAGCAAAUGGGAUUGAUCCAAGCACAGAAUUGCAAAAGAAUAGAUCAGUUUGGCUAAAUCCAUGUCUGAAUAGAGGGGGUACCUUUUCUGAGUUAGAUACAGGUGAAACCAAGUGGUUUAGGCUUCUGUCACUGAUGAUUAAUGUAGAGUCCACAAGGUGUUUCAAAUCAUGGAGAGCAGCAUUGCUGUUUGGUGGGAAUAGUUACACUUCCCCUUACAUUCUGCACUGUUGCAUUACUUCUUCAAAAGAAAGGAAAAUUACUUUUUUAUCUGGACCUGUUUUUCCAGGGGUUGGGAGACAUUUUAGAUAUUCAGAGAAGUUGAACUGUUCAUUGUGAAUGUACAGAGUUAUGAUUUUCUUGAAUAGUUUAGCAGAGAGAGGACUAACAGAGCAGAGUGAUCUGGAUGUCUUCUUGUUAGAAGUAGUAACUGGACAAUUCACACUUUUGUGGCUGCCUAUUGAUUAGGAGGGUGAGAAACCAGCAAAGCAACCCUGCAAGCAAUGGAACUGAAGCAUCUCAGAAAGUCUGUGUUACUAAAAUGUAUUUCUUAACUUUACCUGUAAUGUUUGAAGAGGUACAUUCAUAUAUUGUGGCAUACAAGUAUAUGGCAACAUGCUAAAAAGCACUUAACUAACUGAAGUAGUUAUUCUUUAUUUUACAUUGCUAAAUAUUUUCCUGGUUUCCUUUAAGAACUAUUAAAUUGCAUGUAUGCAACUAUAACUGAGCUCUGUUUCAGCCAGUAAUGGAAUGAAGAGAUUUUGGUAGAUGGAAUGAAGAGGUUUUGGUAGAUGGAAGGGAAUUUGGCCAGUCAGGAAAUGCUCAUGGCAUGAAAAAAAAGGUCUGUUCAUGCCUAGCUGCAUUCAGAAAGGACUGAUUGUCAACUCUUUUUCUGAACUUUAUAAAGUUAGCAGAUUUUAAAGAAAUAUUUGUGUGAAAAAAGCAGUAGUAUGGCAGAUGACUGGAGAAGGAGGUGAAAGUGGUACUCAGAUGAUGGAAGAACUGAGCACGUGAAGAAAAAUCACACAAAAAAGCUCCAAGGUGUUCCUCAGUAAGAACUGAGAUUAUGGUUGAUUUGUGUAGCUAUCACCUUCACAGUGGUGUUAACCCACAGGACUGCUUAGAAAUGAGACAGAGACUGAGAAAUCUGUUUGUUCCUAGCUGGCAUCUCGAAAACCUGUCAGGUUUGUCCUUUGGGCUUGGCUUCUGUUUCCACAAGAUUUGGUCAGAGACUGAUUUUCUGGAAACUGCUGUGGAAAAGCACGUUUGACAUAAUCCUGAAUAAGCACAUUUGGAACAGAAACUGAGGUGGACUCUUGCAUUUCCAGGUGUCUCAUCUGUCUCCACUGGCAGAAAGUGUGGGACCCUUGCAGUCCUUAAUGUGCUUUGCUGAAACAAAUUUGCCUACAAAUGCUCCAUGGCUAAGAAGAGAAAAGCUGAAGAUCAGAUAUCAGGCAUUCCUGUCAACAAAAGGAAGUCCUUAUUAAUGAAACCCCGCCACUACAGCCCCAGCUUGGAAUGCAAAGAGGAAAAUGAAGACAGGACAGAGUUACAGGAAGAUAUCAGUGUCCUCAAAAGCAGCUCAACUUCAGAGGAGAGUAUUACAAAAUCAUCUGAGGAAACCCCUCAUUUGGAUGGGCAAGAAAAUUCCAGUCAAAGAAAAGACAACUACUCCAGCUAUCAGGAUGCCGUGGCCAAAUCUUUGAUGAACAUGGGAAAAGUAGCAAAAGAUGCACCCAGUCAAGCAGUGGCAGAAAAUCUAAAUGAUAGUGGCAUUCAAUCAUUAAAAACAGAAAGUGAUGACGCUGAUGAAUGUUACCUGAUUAGCUCAGCUGAAGGAAAGGAAAAGACUGCUAUCUCUGACCCAAAAUACUGUUCAUCUGAGGAAAAUGAAAGUAACUCUGAAAUUAUGGACAACGAGUGGGAUAGCUCUUCAAAUUUCUCAGAAGAAACUAGUGUAAAGCCCCAUGUAACUCAGAAAUAUAUUGUAGAGUGUAAUCAACCCAGCAUCCUGGAAGUCCCAGAAAUUAAGAAGGAAGAAGUCGAAUAUGGUCCUUGUGAAACACUCUGCGACUCAGAAACAGAGCUAAGAGCACCCCAGGAGCCUCACUCUGAUCCUUUUGAGAAAAGAAUUCAGAAUCUCUUCCCUGAAAGUGAAGAAGAUGACAACGAGUGCCUGUCAGAAACCACAGACGUGUCAGUUGAGCUGGACAAAACAAAAGGCAACUUGAGUUUGCUAGAGCAAGCAAUCGCUCUGCAGGCAGAGCAAGGGCAUGUGUUCCACAGCACCUACAAGGAACUGGAUAGGUUUCUUCUGGAGCAUCUAGCAGGGGAAAGGAGACAAACCAAAGUUAUUGACAUUGGUGGGAGACAGAUAUUUAGCAGCAAACAUUCACCCAGGCCUGAAAAGAGAGAAACCAAAUGCCCCAUCCCAGGAUGUGAUGGCACAGGGCACGUGACUGGGCUGUACCCUCACCACCGCAGUCUCUCAGGCUGUCCACAUAAAGUUAGAGUGCCACUAGAAAUUCUUGCCAUGCAUGAAAAUGUUUUAAAGUGUCCCACCCCAGGAUGCACUGGAAGAGGACAUGUCAACAGCAAUCGCAACACACACCGAAGUCUUUCUGGUUGUCCAAUUGCUGCAGCUGAAAAGCUGGCUAUGUCCCAGGAAAAGAACCAGCUCGAGUCUCCAAAAUCUGGGCAGGGCCAUGAUCAGACUCACAGGACAAAUUUAGCAAAGCAGCCUGAGCUAUCUCAGUUCAGUUACAGAACUUCACAGCCAGUCGCUUCCUCCAGAGGCACCCCGGGGAAAGAACAGGAGAAGUUUGGGAAAGUCCCAUUUGAUUAUGCCAGUUUUGAUGCACAAGUCUUUGGCAAACGCACAACAGCACCUGUGUCACAAGGUCGAAAAACUCCUCAGUUUCUUGAAUCAAGGCAUUUUUCAAAUCCAGUGAAAUUUUCUAAUCGACUGCCUAGUGCUAGCGCCCACACACAGAGCCCUUGCCAUGCCAACUCUUAUAGCUACGGUCAAUGUAGUGAAGACACCCACAUAGCAGCAGCUGCUGCUAUCCUGAACCUUUCCACCCGCUGCAGGGAAGCAGCAGAGAUCCUCUCCAACAAACCACAGAGUCUGUCUGCCAAGGGAGCUGAGAUAGAAGUGGAUGAAAAUGGCACACUGGAUUUGAGCAUGAAAAAGAAUCGAAGCCAAGACAAAGUUAUGCCUCUCACUUCUUCCAGCACAGCACUUCCCACUCCCUCCUCUUCUCCUUUCAAAGCAAGUAGCAUCCUGGUAAAUGCAGCCUUCUACCAGGCACUUUGUGAACAGGAAGGCUGGGAUACACCAAUCAACUACAGCAAGACCCAUGGCAGGAAAGAAGAAGAAAAAGAGAAAGAUCCAGUGAGUUCUCCAGAAAACAUGGAAGAAAAGAAGUACCCAGGAGAUGUCUCCAUACCAAGUCCUAAACCCAAGCUCCAUUCAAGAGAUCUCAAAAAGGAACUCAUCACCUGUCCAACCCCAGGAUGUGAUGGUAGCGGUCAUGUAACAGGAAACUAUGCCUCACACCGCAGUGUUUCUGGGUGCCCAUUAGCUGACAAGACACUAAAAUCCCUUAUGGCUGCUAACUCUCAGGAGCUCAAGUGCCCAACACCUGGCUGUGACGGCUCUGGCCACGUGACAGGGAACUAUGCGUCCCACAGAAGCUUGUCUGGCUGUCCUCGUGCCAGGAAAGGAGGUAUCAAAGUCACUCCUACCAAGGAAGAAAAAGAAGAUCCUGAACUUAAAUGCCCAGUGAUAGGCUGUGAUGGCCAAGGUCACAUAUCAGGUAAAUACACUUCUCAUCGCACUGCUUCUGGUUGUCCUUUGGCUGCCAAGAGACAGAAGGAGAGUCCUGUCAAUGGGUCUUCGCUAUCCUGGAAACUGAACAAACAGGAGCUGCCACACUGUCCUUUGCCAGGCUGCAACGGGCUGGGUCAUGUUAAUAAUGUUUUUGUCACCCACAGAAGCCUGUCUGGUUGUCCUCUGAAUGCACAAACCAUAAAAAAGGGCAAAAUUUCGGAAGAAUUAAUGACUAUCAAGCUUAAAGCAAGUGGCGGUAUUGAGAGUGAUGAAGAAAUAAGACACUUGGAUGAAGAAAUAAAAGAACUGAAUGAAUCCAAUCUCAAAAUUGAAGCUGACAUGAUGAAACUUCAAACUCAGAUCACAUCUAUGGAGAGCAAUUUGAAAACAAUAGAAGAGGAGAACAAACUCAUAGAGCAGAACAACGAGAGCCUGUUGAAGGAGUUAGCUGGCUUAAGCCAAGCCCUUAUCUCCAGUCUCGCUGACAUUCAGCUGCCGCAGAUGGGGCCAAUCAGUGAGCAGAAUUUUGAAGCAUAUGUAAAUACACUCACAGACAUGUACAGCAAUCUGGAACGGGACUAUUCCCCCGAAUGCAAAGCUCUGCUGGAAAGUAUCAAACAGGCAGUGAAGGGCAUCCAUGUGUAGGAUGUGAAAGCUGCUGGGCAACAGAAAUUACUUAACAGCAGUAAACUCCAGAUGGAUCUGUUAGGAGUUCAUGUACUGCUAAGGGGUGUAGGUUGCCAUGCUGCAUUUACAAUUGCAACAUUGCACUAAUUUUUUCCCAGCUGACAUAAAAAAAGAAUAAAACCACAACAGACUAUUUGUAUUAACAGCAAUGCACUCUGUUAGUAUAUUGUAUUUAUUUCAGUACAAUUUCUUUUUUUUUCUUCUUUUGCACUCAGUUUUUGUAAAGUGAAUGUAAAAAGUGUGUGCGACUAUUUUUUAUAUUUUUUAUUUAUUUCUAAUCAAAGAGUUGGUUUUUUUAUCUUUUAACAGCAUUUUUGCGGCCUGCCAUAUUUUUACAAAUGUGUUUAUUAAUUUAUUUUCCAAUGGGAUUUUAAAUAGACUGAAAGUUAUACUGUAAAUUAAAUAACUUGCUGGGUUUGUACAGGAAGAAAAAAAAAACCUAUGAAAGUAACAAAUGACUGAACCGUGGUUCUAGUUUUAUUUUCCUCACAUCCUGCUUUUUUAUAAUGGCUUUGUAUCAGAAAUGGGUUUGCAGUAACAUGAGAUGCGAAGAUGCACGGAAUGAGAAGAUAAAUGGUGCCCACUAGUGGGGAGCUUGGGCUCUUAAAAGCACAGUAUGCUGGAAAACAGUGUGUUAAAGAAUAUGUUAGCAAUAAUGAAAUAUAGCAAUCAGCAAAGCACUUGACUUGGCUGUGUGAUUUAGCCUAUGAGAAUGAUUAUUUAAAAUGUUUCAAGAGAACUUCAGAUUUAUUUUACCACUGCAGCUUUUGUUCAGAGUUAGCUCAUGGAGGGAAAUGACAAUUAUCUCUAAACAAGAAGGGUAAUUAGGUAGGUACUGGUACUUUUUUAGUAUGAGACAUUGAGGUUUUAAGCAAGUGACCAGUAUUGCAAUGGAUUUGGAUUUAAAAAAAGCAAACACAUCCCAAGCUAAAGGCUUUGUACAUAAUGAGUCGAACACAUCUCCCCUGAAAUGGCAUUUAAUACUGGUUUGAAGGUAAUGGCAGCUGAGAAGGCAGCGGUCUGGAGGGCAACAACACCCCUCUGGCACCACGGUGGUCGCUUGUCCCUUUGAAUGACCGGUAGCAACACCGUGACUGGUUUCUCCCAUCCUUCUUCACUAAGACUAGGCUGAUACUGAAUUUGUCACCAGUCUUCUGGUAGGGUCCCAAGUGCUACAGAGCAGACAGACAGGUGGAGGUGUGGACAGACAAGCACUUGCGCAGAGGUGCAGGCGUGCGCCUCGGUAUCUGGUUAGCCUGGGUGUGGAACUUCUGAAUCCGUCAGAAACUAGCGGUUGCUAUAACAGAGGCAAUGUCUAUUUCAGGGAUUGUAAGUAAUUAAGCAUUGUUUCAGAAGUUUUUUUUAUAUUUAUUUUUUUUAAGAAAAAGGUAUAAACAACCAGCUAAACUGCCUUUUUUGUAUGCACACACACCUCAUGUGCAUAUGUGCCUCAGUGUAAAUGUAUACAUGGAUCUAGCGUGUGUUUAAUUUUUCCGUGCUAUAAUGAAAGUGUUUAUUUUUAUUAGCCGCAUUUAUAUUUAGAUUGAAUAUGAUGGCAUUCACAGGCUUGACAUAUACAAUUAUAUUAUUACUGUUCCUGCACAAAAGUACUAUUCAGAAGUGAUUCAACUCUCAUGCACUGUGGUCACUGUUCUGCAUUAGGUGGGGCUUGCUUUUUGUUGGGGGGUUGAUUCAACUCUCCGAUCUUAGUUUAGACAGGGGAAAAUGUGUGUUCUUAGGAGCUGUGUUUAUUUUUAAAUUGAUUUUUCAAAAGCUACCAUAUGUGCUGUCUAAUAUAAAUAGGAGAACACCAAACAAAAAUUUGCUAUUAAAGUUAUUGUUCUUGCUAAAAACUCAAAAAGCAAACAUUUGUUAUACUUGUUAAAUGCAUACAAAACGAGUUCACUCAUUACAAAGACUAAAGUUUAAUUUACUACAUAUUUUAACAAAUUUGUUAUAUAUUUUAUUUAAUUAAAAAAUUCUCUUACUGACCUAUGUAUUUAAUAUUAUGAUUUACAAUGGCUUCAGGUUAAUUUAUCUGUGUUUGGUUGUUUGCUCAGGAUGUUCUGUGAAGUAUGUUUGUAUUUAUUUGCCUCCCUCGUAUUUGAUGUGUUUUGUAAUGUGCACUGUUUUUUUUUUCUUUCUGUUUUUCUUUUUUUUUGUGUUUAAAUGCAUUGAUGAGCUAUACUGUAAAUUAGACCUUUUGUAAAGAGCAAUGAUGUAUGCAUUUUUUAAUUUGGAGUAGUUUGUAUACUGUUUCUUCAUACAAUUAAUAUUUCUUACAUCAAAACAACAAAAUUGUGUUCUGUGCUGUACAUUUGGUGUAUGG